AUGGCAUGCAACGUGUUUGGCGAUCCAAUUACAAUAGGAAAGGAGAAAGGAAGUGAAGAUAGGGCAUACGUGGCAUUACAAUUGAAGAAUGUUGGAGCAAAAGAUAAGAAUGCGCUUGAAUACUUGGAGAAGUUGAAUGCACAAUGGGGAACCGAAGUCUCAACAAUGGGCUUAAUUUACAACGCUACUGGCAAUGCCAUAAAGCUUUUGAAAACUCAUGAUUGGCAUGGUUGUAUUGGAGCUUCACCUUUUCUUAUUAGGAUUGAAAAUGGACAAUGGGGUGUGUUUCUACAUGUCGAUACUGACUCAACAGGCUCAGAAGCUGCUGUUGUAUAUCGAGGCCAAAACUUGCGUGGUGUAACUACUGAUUGGUUUCUAUCUUGGUCUAAUCCACCAUCAUAUCAGCUCACAACAAACAAGAGUGGAAUGAGUUGGGCCCUGAAAAGGAGUGACCUGUGA